AAUUUUACACGGGCCGUGUAAAAGUGGGAUAGGAACAACAAAGAUGGCGGCUGUACCAAACUCUCCUACAACCCCGACCAGAACUAGUACUCUAGGUAAGAAAGAUAAAGGAGGAUGGAUGGGAACGUUAACCAAGAAAAGACAGCAGUCAAAGAAAGAAGUAUCAGAAUUAGAAGACGAAGGAAGAAAUGCAAUCGAUGGUCCAACUUCACCAAUAACAGAGAAAACACCAGACACCUUUUUUCUUGACGAAGGACAAGAGAGGUUUCACGUGGAAAAUAAAUCAUAUGAUGAUCCAAAAGUUAAAGAACUUUGUGAAGCUUUAAUUGAUUGGAUCAAUGAUGUUUUGGCAACUCGCAGAGUUGUGGUGAAAAAUAUCGAGGAGGAUUUAAAUGAUGGUCAGGUGCUAGCUAUGCUUGUGGAAAAGCUUGCUAAUAUUGAUCUGGGAGCACUAACAGAAGUGACUCAAUCUGUGGAUCUACAAAAAUAUAAACUAGGCCAGUUGUUAGAAGAAAUCAAUAAAUUACUUGCAUUGCCGUUACAUGGCUCUCAGUCGUGGAAUGUGGAACUUAUUCAUUCAAAAUAUCUGCCUGCAAUCUUGCAUCUACUCGUACAAUUAGCAAGACAAUAUAACUGUCCAUAUAGACUUCCAAAUAAUGUCAUCAUCAAUGUUGUUGUUGUUCAAAAGCGGGAUGGUAUAUUAAGAAGUAAAACUGUUCCUGAGGACAUCACAGGAAAUUAUAACGACAGAGAACCCAAAACAGAACGCGAUGCUUUCGAUACAUUGUUUGAUCAUGCUCCUGAAAAGCUGGUCGUCGUUAAAAAGUCCCUCCAAGGUUUUGUGAACAAACAUUUAAGCAAAUUGGAUUUACAGAUAAUAAAUCUUGACACUCAGUUCAGCGAUGGAGUCAACUUCAUUCUGCUAAUUGGUCUGCUUGAGGGAUACUUUGUUCCGUUGCAUUUGUUUUAUAUGACUCCCCAAAGUUUUGACCAUAAGGUUCACAAUGUACAAUUUGCCAUGGAGUUAGUUCAGGAUGCUGGUUUGCAAAAGCCGCGCAUUAAGCCAUCUGAUAUUGUCAAUGGUGACUUGAAAUCGACGUUACGCGUAUUGUACACUUUAUUUACGAAGUACAAAAAUAUGAAAUAAUAAAUGGCUUCCCUUUUUGUCAAGUAAAACCUUGUUAUGACGAGAUCACGAAGUUCAUGUUUGUCAUAUUUAUAUCAACGUGCCACUUUUUUAUUUAUAUAAAUAAUGUAGCCUGUGAAAUUAGUAAGCACUUGGAGGAUAAAAAAUAGUUUUAAUAACGAUAGAAAAACCAUUUGGGGUUUAUGCAAAAUCUGUGUUUCUUAAAAAUAAAGGUGUGUCUUAAAGGUGAGUUUUUCUCCAUUCUUAACCGAUUCCCUGUUUGUGUUCAAUUGCAAUCUAUUGUAGCCUGACAUAUACAUAGUAAAUUUGCGUAUUUUUUAACCUUACCAGAUUUUUCAUGUUUUUUUUGAUGAUUUUGUAUAUACCUGUACUAGAAAUAUCUCUGUAUUUUUUAUUUA